AUGGAGAGCCGAGCCGGCAGAGCGCCCGUGCCCCGAGCGCUGCCUUACUACGUGGCCUUCUCCCAGCUGCUGGGCCUGGCCGUGGUGGCCACGACGGGCGCUUGGCUGGGCCUGUACCGCGGCGGCAUCGCCUGGGACAGCGCCCUGCAGUUCAACGUGCACCCGCUCUGCAUGGUCAUCGGCCUGAUCUUUCUGCAGGGGGACGCGCUGCUGGUUUACCGCGUCUUCAGGAGCGAGACCAAGCGCACCACCAAGAUCCUGCACGGGGUGCUGCAUGUGCUCGCCUUCAUCAUCGCCCUGGUGGGCCUGGUGGCGGUGUUCGACUACCACCGGAAGCAGGGCUACGCCGACCUCUACAGCCUGCACAGCUGGUGCGGCGUCCUGGUCUUCGGCCUCUACCUGGUGCAGUGGCUCCUGGGCUUUAGCUUCUUCCUGUUCCCUGGAGCUUCCUUCUCGCUGCGCAACUGCUACCGCCCGCAGCACGUCUUCUUGGGCGCCGCGAUCUUCGUGCUCUCGGUGGGCACUGCCCUGCUGGGCCUGAAGGAGGCGCUGCUGUUCAAGCUCGGGGCCAAGUACAGCACGCUGGAGCCCGAGGGCGUCCUGGGCAACGUGCUGGGCCUGCUGCUGGUGGGCUUCGGCGCCGUGGUGCUCCGCAUCCUGACCCGGCCCGACUGGCGGCGGCCGCCGCAGGAGGAGGAGCAGGCGCUGUCCAUGGACUUCAAGACGCUGACGGAGGGCGACAGCCCCAGCUCCCAGUGAGGCGGGAGGGGCCUGGCGCCGCCUCUGCUCGGGGCUUCGAGCGGCCCUUCCGGCCCCCACGCCUGGGCCUUCGGGGCCUGAGGUUCCAGGGGGAGCGCUGGGGGCCUGGCGGCUGCCCCCCUGAGCCCUGGUCUGGGGCUUGGGGCUUGGCCCCUCCGCCGGCCUCGCUGCCACGUGAGCAUUAGUCAGAUGCAGACCCCUGCCCCUAUGGCCCCUGUCCCCCCGAUGGAGAAGCUCUGGGUAGGUUUUGGGUGGGCUGUUCUGGUCAUAAAAGCCAGGUGCCCCCCGAGGCCCCGGUGCCUGGGCCGAGUCAGGGGCCGGGAGAGACGGGCCUGAGGGCAGCCUGGCCCGCGGCUUGCCGGGUGUAGCGGGCUCCCCCCGGUCUAGGGCGCCCAGCCUGGCACAGGGCAGUGAUAGGAUGCCUAAGGUAUGUGGGGGCUCAGAACAGGGUCCCCGAGAGGAGACAGGGUGGGGGAGCCGGCUUUGGCCCAGCUGCUGCUCCGAGCCCCCCUUUCUUUAACCCUUCACUCACAGGUGGCUUUGCUGGGAGAGGGGAGAGGGUGGAGGCGCCCGGGCAGCCUGGGGCAGCCGAGGGACAGGGAGCCGGUCCCCAGAGCAGGCCGCUCUGGCCCAGUCACUUGCUGCUCGCCCCCUCCUUGAGCAGCAAAUACCGCCCCUGGCUUUUUUAAACGAAGAGCUGCCCUGCUGCCCCCUUCUGUGAGGGGGACCCCCCGCCCCGGUCUAGAGCGAAGCCUCAUCCUCUCCUACCUGGGGUGCAUCUUAAAGUUCGGGCUGAGUUGCAGUCAGAUCAAUCUCCUCUGCCGCUGGUGUGUCUCACGCUGUUUGCUGAGUCACUGUUUGGCUCAGUCUAGAAAUAACAUGAUUAGAACAUCGAUCUUGGGCUUCUUGGACUUGCGGAAUGUUCUUUGUUUUCCUUGUCUUCUGGGUUUUGAGGAGCACAGCAGUUUGAGACAUUAAUAGUGAAGAAAUUAACAUUCCAAAUCCGAUUUCUGUUCUUCUAGCGGUUGCCUUUUCUCACAUCUUAGCGCUGCCUUUAGGGAAGGGGCUAGCGUCCUCUCCACGCUAAGUUUUUAAUAACGGCUCUGGCCGGGGUCCUGCCUCCGGGGUGCCACUGCUCAGGGCAGACAGGGCCCCUCCCCGGGGUCCCACCCGCCUGGGUGUGGCCUGGCGGACUCAGCUGUGUACACCUGGGGACUCCGCCUUCGACAAACUACCGAGGGACAGCUGGCGGCUCCCUUCCAGGCACCCUGAAGAGAAGGGGAGCUUUACAUGUGUCAUGCAUCUGCACACUGGUGUUUGCCCAGGCGUGUGCCGGCUCAGGGGCCAAGAGCCUCGAGGUGAUGUGUGUUUUACUUUGCCCGUGGCCACGGCCAUCUUCUGUCAAGUGUCCUGUGUUUUUGGCUGCAGCAGCUGCUCCAAUAAAUGUCUACAGCAGA